AUGUCAAUACCGAACCACCAGGAGGAGCACAUGUCGAGCCGGAGCUCACGGACAGACAUUCCAGAUCUUGAGAAGGGGACACCGCGUGAACACACCAUCGACCAAGAGGAGCACGAGGACGCUGCUAAAGACGACGAAAUCGGUGCUGAACUGGAGAAGCACCUCACCCGCAAGUCAACCAAAAAGGACGACUUGCCUGUUGAGAAGUACCCAUUGACGGAUCUUGACAAGGGACUUGUAGGCUGGGACUCGCAAGACGAUCCUUCCAACCCACGGAAUUUCCCGCAUAAGACCAAGUUGUUUAUCCUCUUCCUGGUGUCGGCCAUCACGUUUCUCUCGCCUCUUGCGUCUUCGAUCUUCGCGCCCGGUAUACCUUUCGUCAAUGCCGCCUUCAACAACACAUCUCAGCUGUUGGGUAGUUUCGCUGUUAGUGUGUAUGUUCUAGGUUUCGCUGUUGGACCGCUCUUCCUCUCUCCACUCUCCGAGAUCUACGGCCGCUGCAUCGUCCUCAAUAUCAGUAAUGUCUUCUUCUGUGCCUUCACGCUCGGCUGCGCGCUUGCUCCGAAUCUCGGCGGCUUGAUCGCCAUGCGUUUCUUCGCAGGUCUGGGUGGCAGUGCUUGUUUGACCAUCGGCACCGGCGUCAUCGCAGACCUCUUUGUUGCGUCACAGCGUGGUAGGGCAGUCGCCAUGUACAGCAUGGGCAUCCUGUUUGGCCCCAUCCUAGGCCCCAUCUGCGGUGGCUUCAUCGCACAGCGAGCUGGGUGGCGAUGGGACAUGUGGGUGGUGCUCAUCGUUGCAGUACUACUCACCGCAGGCCUCUUCAUUUGGAAUACGGAGACAAACCACGUUGUGCUCCUGAACCGAAAGACUGCACGUCUACGAUCUGAGCUGGAGCGCCCGGAUCUGCAGAAUGUCAUGAAUGCUUCCAAGCCCGCGGCAGCACUCACGCCUAAAGCCAUUCUGCUCAAUGGCAUCACCCGUCCACUCAAGAUGCUGACGACCCAGCCCAUCGUCCUGCUCUGUUCGCUAUACAUGUCGUUUCUGUUCGGCCUGUUGUUCCUGCUGUUCACGACGCUCACACCUGUGUUCUUGCAAACAUACGGCUGGGCACCUGAAAUGACCGGUCUCGCGUACCUGGGUAUCGGAAUCGGCAACUUCCUAGGCAUCGGUUUCGUGGCCAAAACCUCGGACGCGACCAUCAUCAAGCUCGCAAAGCGCAACAAAGGCGUCUACGAGCCGGAAAUGCGCUUGCCACUUUGUGUCUUCUUCGGGUUGCUGAUCCCAAUCAGCUUCUUCUGGUACGGAUGGACCGCAUACAACAAGGUGCACUGGAUCGUCCCAAUCAUCUCCCUUGUCCCCUUCGGCUUCGGCCUCAUGGGUAUCUUCGCGCCACUACAGACAUACAUGAUCGACUGUUACCCGCAGUACGCCGCGAGCGCAAUCGCAGGUAUGACGUGCCUGCGCUGCCUGUUCGGCGCGAUGCUGCCGCUCGCCGGCCCGAGCAUGUACGAGACGCUGGGGCUGGGUUGGGGAAAUAGCAUGCUUGGCUUCAUUGCAAUCGCGUUUAUCCCCGUGCCUGCGCUGCUGUUCAAGUACGGGAAGACGAUAAGAGAAAAGUACCCUAUCAAGUUUUAG